AUGACUAGAUGUGAAGCAGAUCAUUCUGUUUUCUUCCUUCACUCUUCCAACGGACAACACAUCUUUCUUGUGGUUUAUGUUGAUGACAUUGUUAUCACUGGAGACGAUACAGACGAUAUUCAGCGACUCAAAACUCAUCUUUUCAAAAACUUUCAGACAAAAGAUUUGGGUCCACUCAGAUACUUCUUAGGUAUUGAGGUUGCACAAUCCUCAUCAGGCAUUGCAAUUAACCAACGUAAGUAUGCAUUAGACACCCUAACUGAAACUGGUAUGCUUGACUGUCGUCCGAUUGAUACUCCUAUGGAUCCCAAUGUCAAGCUUCUUCUGGGUCAGGGGGAGUUGUUGAAAGACCCGGGAAGAUAUCGACGUCUAGUGGGUAGACUAAAUUAUCUUACCGUCACCAGACCGGAUAUUACUUUUGCAGUGAGUAUUGUGAGUCAAUUCCUUAAUGCUCCUUGUGAUAUUCAUUGGAAUUUCGUUAUUCGGAUUCUCAGAUAUAUAAAGAAUGCACCAGGAAAAGGCCUAUUAUAUGAAGAUAAGGGUGAUGCUAAAAUCACUUGUUACUCAGAUGCAGAUUGGGCAGGAUCACCGUCGGAUAGGAGAUCCACUUCUGGAUAUUGUGUUCUUAUUGGAGGAAAUAUGAUCUCAUGGAGAAGCAAGAAACAAAACACAAUUGCAUUAUCUAGUGCUGAAGCUGAAUAUCGGGCUAUGGCAGCAGCCUCAAAAGAACUUGCUUGGCUUAAGAAUUUGCUCUCAGAACUUAGGUUUGGUGACCUUCAGAACACAAAACUCAUAUGCGACAAUCAAGCGGCACUCCACAUUGCGUCCAAUCCGGUUUUCCAUGAACGGACCAAGCACAUAGAAAUAGAUUGUCACUAUGUAAGAGACAAGGUACUGUCGGGAGAAAUAACCACGAAAUUUGUCAAAUCUGAAGAUCAAUUGGCUGAUAUGCUUACCAAGUCUCUCAAGGUUUCUCAAGUGAAUUAUAUUUGUAACAAGCUCGGAUCAUACAAUAUAUACGAUCCGGCUUGA